UUGCCGCCGCCGCCGCCGCCUUUGCUGCUAUGUUUCAUUGCAUCCCGCUGUGGCGGUGCAACCGUCAUGUGGAGAUUAUCGACAAGCGCCACUGCUCGCUGGCCGCCGUGCCCGAGGAAAUCUACCGCUACAGCCGCAGCCUCGAAGAGCUCCUGCUCGACGCCAACCAGCUCCGAGAGCUGCCGAAGCCUUUCUUUCAGCUUGUAAAGUUACGAAAACUCGGGCUUAGUGAUAAUGAAAUUCAGCGGCUUCCUCCAGAGAUAGCAAACUUUAUGCAGCUGGUAGAACUUGAUCUGUCUCGAAAUGAUAUUCCUGAAAUCCCUGAAAGCAUUUCCUUCUGCAAAUCAUUACAGGUAGCAGACUUCAGUGGGAACCCACUCACUAGGUUGCCUGAAAGCUUUCCUGAGCUGCAGAAUCUAACAUGUCUUUCUGUAAAUGAUAUCUCUCUACAAGCAUUACCUGAUAACAUUGGAAACCUUUAUAACCUGGCAUCACUGGAAUUAAGAGAGAAUCUGUUGACAUAUUUACCUGAGUCAGUUGCCCAGCUGCAGAGACUAGAAGAGCUAGACCUAGGGAAUAAUGAACUUUAUAAUUUGCCAGAAACUAUAGGUGCACUUUAUAAUCUUAAAGAUCUCUGGCUAGAUGGGAACCAGCUGGCUGAAUUACCUCAGGAAAUAGGAAGCCUGAAAAACCUGCUAUGCCUGGAUAUCUCCGAAAACAAACUGGAAAAACUGCCUGAAGAAAUAAGCGGUCUGCUGUCUUUAACUGACCUACUCAUCUCUCAGAACCUUCUUGAGGUGCUACCAGAUGGCGUAGGUAAAUUAAAAAACCUAUCCAUCUUGAAGGUUGACCAGAACCGGCUUGUUCAGUUAACAGAAGCAGUAGGAGACUGUGAAAGCCUUACUGAGUUAGUUCUCACAGAAAACCAGCUGCUGACUUUGCCGAAGAGCAUUGGACGGCUAAAGAAGCUGAAUGUACUGAACGCUGACAGAAACAAACUAGUGUCUUUACCCAAAGAGAUUGGUGGGUGUUGCAGUCUAAAUGUUUUUUCAGUACGUGACAACCGGUUAUCUAGGAUUCCUCCUGAGAUAUCACAAGCCACAGAACUUCAUGUCCUAGAUGUAGCUGGAAAUAGGUUGCUACAUCUUCCCAUGUCGCUCACCAGCUUGAAGCUGAAGGCGUUGUGGUUGUCUGAUAACCAGUCCCAGCCUUUACUUACGUUCCAGACAGACACAGACCCUGAAGUAGGGGAGAAGAUUUUAACAUGUGUUUUACUUCCUCAAAUGCCUUCUGAGCCCGGUUGCCAAGAUAACCUUCCCCGAUGUGGGGCACUGGAGAGCUUGGUAAAUGAAAUGUCAGAUGAGACAUGGAAUGAACGAGCAGUAAAUAGAGUCAGUGCAAUCCGCUUUUUAGAAGACGAAAAAGAUGAAGAGGAUAAUGAAAUGAGGACACUUCUAAGGCGAGCCACUCCACACCCUGGGGAGUUAAAGAAUAUGAAAGUGAAAGUGGAGAAUUUACGGAAUGAUAUGAACGCUGCUAAAGGACUGGAUUCAAACAAAAAUGAGGUCAAUAAUGCCAAUGACAGAGUGACCACUUCUGUGUAGAGGCUCACCUCCCAGAUAUUUGCCUCCUGUGUCUUCCCACCUGCUGUCGAACCGUUACUGUUGCAUCCUGGGAAUACCAUCCAAUCAACCCUCAUGUGUUUUAACCAGAAAUCCGACUCAUCUUGUCCUUGUGUCAUUCCUUUGGAAGGUGCUUCUCACUGGAAGAAAAGUGCCUUAUUUCAGUCCAGGCAUCUGAGCACAGGGGGCGCAGCGCACUGAAAACUGCCCCCCCCACUGUGGUUCUUUGCUUGAACAACUCCUGCUUCUUUGCCGGCAAAUUGUUCCCAUCAAUUCCAAUGUUGUUGUUUUUGUUUUAAAAAAGGAUUAAGAGGUCUGUUUUGUUUUUGUUUUGUUUUUAACAAGGGGAAUAUGCUAUUAUACAAUCAUGCAUCUCUUUUACCCAGGGGUGUUGGUCUGCUGCUGUUCUCCUCUGCCCUCCCCCAAACCCCAGUUCAAGUGAUGGGGUAUUUAUUCUGCCCUGUUCUGGACUGUGGUGGUGGGGGAAAGUAGUUUUAUUGCAGAAUUGAUACUUUUUAAACCUCUCUGGCAGCUCAGAUGGUGUAAAUUUUAUAAUUUUUUGUAUAGGAGUCGAGUUUCAUAACAAACCAACAAAAUGGAUGUAUUUCAUUUUUUAAAAAAGGAUUUUUAAGCGGUACAUUUUACUAUUUGUAGAGGGUGAAUUCCAUUGACACAUUCAUGCUUGUCAUAUCUGCAUGUGCCUUAAUGCAGCCUAAUGAGAUUAGUUAAAGAAGAAAAAAGCCUAGGAGACAGCGAGAUUAGUUUGAAGAAGGGUGCCUCCUCAGAUGUGCGACUUUGCAAACAAUUACUGUUUAACUUCCUCCCUUUGUUUUAAGAAGAAGAAAAAGCUGAAGUUUUUCUGCAAAGUGUUUUACUAUGGUGACGACACUGAAUUGCCACUGCCUUAUAAUAUGAUGCACUCACACACUUUUAAAACUUGUUCAUGAAGAAAUUACUUGGGCUGAAGCAGCAUUGCAGCCAUUAGAAUUUCAGGUGUCCACUUUUAAAUGUGCCAUUUGUAAGAAUAACAUAUAUUUUAGAAAUGGAACAAAAUACACAACAGCAACAGCAUAAGUUGUGAAAACGAAUGUUAUGUACUGUACAGGCAUGAUAUUCUCAGACGUACUUGGAAGGUUUUAUAUCUCUAUAAAACCUUAAUAAAACACUAAAAAACCCAAA